AUGGCUCUCAUCGACUCCAACCCGAUUCCUAACGUCACCUUGGAGGCCCCCCUGUACACCUGUGGGCAAACUACCCCUCCGACACUCCCGGUUCAUGACUUUUUCGGGGAGAAACCAUACCCAGUGGGACGCCUCCUUUGGUCUGCCGAUCCCCAGUCGUCAGACUUUGUACCGGCUGAUAACGAGCACAUACGCAAGUGCAUGCGUAGGGCUGCCGAGAUACACCGCCAAGUUCGUACCUAUGCUAGGUCUGUUCUCAAGGUAGGAGUCAGCAUGUACGCCGCAGCGGAGGACAUAGAGAGCCGCAUUCGCCUCUUGUGCGGCCAUUCUGAGGACGAGUUCUGCACGUAUAAGCCAGAUGACAAUGCCUGGUGUGCUCAGGCCUUUCCGCUUGGUCUGUCAUACAACCACUGUGCUGCCCACUAUACUCCCAUCAAGCACGAUGACCAUAUCAUCGCUGAGAAGGAUGUUAUCAAAGUUGACUUUGGGAUUCACUGCGAUGGGUAUAUUAUCGAUUCUGCCUUCACUAUUCACUUUGAUCCUAUGUUCGACCCCCUGGCGCAGGCCAGCUUGGAGGCUACAACAGAGGCAAUUAAGCUUGCAGGUCCCGAUGUCCUCAUAUCUGAAUUAGGAAAUAAGAUAGAAGAGAUCAUCUGCUCGUACGAGAUGGAUUACAAGAACCAGAACGCACCUAUUAAGCUUCAACCGGUCCGCAACCUGUCUGGACACAUGGUUGGAAAGUAUAAGAUACAUUCAGGCAAAUCUAUACCAAACUGCAGAGGAAAGGGAAAAGAGUAUGGCCGCAUGCUUGAAGGGGAGACAUUUGCAUGUGAAACGUUUGCAUCCACGGGCCGCGGGAUGAUCAGCGAUGAGUACCCUGUUUCUCACUACAUGGUCUCGUCGAAGUCCAUGUCACUCCAGCCGGCCUUCAUCAAGGGGCCCGAGAUGUCCAAGAAGCUUUUCACUAAGCUGCGCACCAUGUUUGGCACCUUGGCAUGGAGUCCCAGGACUCUUGAGUCCAUGGGAGAGAAGAACUUCCAACUUGCUCUCGACACGCUCGUCAAGAACGGGGUUGUCAACGCGUAUCCCAAACUCAGUGACAAGUCGGGCUGCCACACGUCUCAGUUUGAACAUACUUUUAUGGUGGGCAGUUGGGGAACGGAGGUCUUCAGCGCAGGCGAUGACUACUGA